GGCCCCCCCCGGCUUUCCCCCCGGCGCGGGUGGCAACCGGGAGCCUCCCCGGGUUUCUGCCGGGGCGCCCACCACCCAGCUGGGCGGGGGACUCCUGGCCGCCGGAGGCGGGCGGGGAGGCCACCCCCUGGGACCCCCGUCCCGCCCAGCCGCCGUCGGAGGAAGAGCAGGAGCCCGGGCAGCCGUGGACGCAGCUGCGCUUGUCGGGCCAUCUCAAGCCGCUCCACUACAAUCUGAUGCUCACCGCCUUCAUGGAGAAUUUCACCUUCGCCGGCGAGGUCAACGUGGAGAUCGCGUGCCGGAACGCCACCCGCUACGUCGUGCUGCACGCCUCCCGGGUGGCCGUGGAGAAGGUGCAGGUGGCCGAGGACCGGGUGGCCGGGGCUGUCCCGGUGGCCGGCUUCUUCCUCUACCCGCAGACCCAGGUGUUGGUGGUGGUGCUGAACAGGACCCUGGACGCGCAGAGGAACUACAACCUGAAGAUCAUCUACAACGCCCUGAUCGAGAAUGAGCUCUUGGGCUUCUUCCGCAGCUCCUACGUGCUCCACGGGGAGAGAAGAUUCCUUGGUGUUACUCAGUUUUCACCUACACAUGCCAGAAAAGCAUUUCCUUGUUUUGACGAGCCCAUCUACAAGGCAACUUUUAAAAUCAGCAUCAAGCAUCAAGCAACCUACUUAUCUUUAUCCAAUAUGCCAGUGGAAACUUCCGUGUUUGAGGAAGAUGGAUGGGUUACGGAUCACUUUUCACAGACCCCUCUCAUGUCCACGUAUUACUUAGCCUGGGCUAUUUGCAACUUCACAUACAGAGAAACUAUCACCAAGAGUGGAGUUGUAGUACGAUUAUACGCACGACCCGACGCUAUCAGAAGAGGAUCCGGGGACUAUGCUCUCCAUAUAACAAAGAGAUUAAUAGAGUUUUAUGAAGACUACUUUAAAGUGCCCUACUCCUUGCCCAAACUAGAUCUUUUAGCUGUGCCUAAGCAUCCGUAUGCUGCUAUGGAGAACUGGGGACUCAGUAUUUUUGUGGAACAGAGAAUACUGCUGGAUCCCAGUGUGUCAUCUAUUUCUUAUUUGCUGGAUGUCACCAUGGUCAUUGUUCAUGAGAUAUGUCACCAGUGGUUUGGUGACCUCGUGACUCCUGUGUGGUGGGAAGAUGUGUGGCUGAAGGAAGGUUUUGCUCACUACUUUGAAUUUGUUGGUACAGACUACCUCUACCCUGGCUGGAACAUGGAAAAACAGAGGUUUCUGACGGAUGUUCUGCAUGAAGUGAUGCUGCUUGAUGGCUUGGCCAGUUCCCAUCCAGUAUCACAGGAAGUGCUACAGGCAACAGAUAUUGACAGGGUGUUUGACUGGAUCGCAUAUAAAAAGGGUGCUGCUUUAAUUAGAAUGCUGGCAAAUUUUAUGGGCCAUUCAGUAUUUCAGAGGGGUUUGCAAGAUUAUUUAACCAUUCAUAAGUAUGGCAAUGCAGCCAGAAAUGAUCUCUGGAACACACUUUCAGAGGCUUUAAAAAGGAAUGGGAAAUAUGUAAAUAUACAAGAAGUAAUGGACCAGUGGACACUCCAGAUGGGUUAUCCUGUUAUCACCAUCUUGGGAAAUACCACAGCAGAAAAUUGGAUAAUAAUUACCCAACAACAUUUUAUUUAUGACAUCAGUGCUAAAACUAGAGCACUUGCACUUCAAAAUAACAGUUACCUGUGGCAGAUUCCAUUAACUAUUGUGGUAGGAAAUAGAAGCCAUAUGUCUCCAGAAGCAAUUAUUUGGGUAUCUAACAAAUCAGAGCACCACAGACUAACUUCUUUGGACAAAGGAAGCUGGUUGCUUGGAAACAUCAAUCAAACUGGCUAUUUUAGAGUCAACUAUGAUUUAAGGAAUUGGAGAUUAUUAAUUGAUCAAUUAAUCAGGAACCAUGAGAUUCUCUCCGUCAGUAAUCGAGCAGGCUUGAUCGACGAUGCCUUCAGCUUAGCCAGGUAUGUUUUCCUGUGGAUCUCCACGAUAAAACUCAUGCCCUUAAGACUUCCUCUAGGAGCUAAAUA